AUGGUAUAUAGUAAUCACUAUAGUGUGAUGGUAUAUAGUAAUCACUAUAGUGUGAUGGUAUCUAGUAAUCACUAUAGUAUAAUGGUAUAUAGUAAUCACUAUAGUGUGAUGGUAUAUAGUAAUCACUAUAGUGUGAUGGUAUCUAGUAAUCACUAUAGUAUGAUGAUAUCUAGUAAUCACUAUAGUGUGAUGGUAUCUAGUAAUCACUAUAGUAUGAUGAUAUCUAGUAAUCACUAUAGUAUGAUGGUAUCUAGUAAUCACUAUAGUGUGAUGAUAUCUAGUAAUCACUAUAGUAUGAUGGUAUCUAGUAAUCACUAUAGUAUGAUGGUAUCUAGUAAUCACUAUAGUAUGAUGGUAUCUAGUAAUCACUAUAGUAUGAUGGUAUCUAGUAAUCACUAUAGUGUGAUGGUAUAUAGUAAUCACUAUAGUAUGAUGGUAUCUAGUAAUCACUAUAGUCUGAUGGUAUAUAGUAAUCACUAUAGUAUGAAGGUAUCUAGUAAUCACUAUAGUAUGAUGGUAUAUACUAAUCACUAUAGUAUGAUGGUAUAUAGUAAUCACUAUAGUGUGAUGGUAUCUAGUAAUCACUAUAGUGUGAUGGUAUCUAGUAAUCACUAUGGUGUGAUGGAAUCUAGUAAUCACUAUAGUAUGAUGGUAUCUAGUAAUCACUAUAGUAUGAUGGUAUAUAGUAAUCACUAUAGUGUGAUGGUAUCUAGUAAUCACUAUAGUGUGAUGGUAUCUAGUAAUCACUAUAGUGUGAUGGUAUCUAGUAAUCACUAUAGUAUGAUGAUAUCUAGUAAUCACUAUAGUGUGAUGGUAUAUAGUAAUCACUAUAGUGUGAUGGUAUCUAGUAAUCACUAUAGUAUAAUGGUAUCUAGUAAUCACUAUAGUGUGAUGGUAUCUAGUAAUCACUAUGGUGUGAUGGAAUCUAGUAAUCACUAUAGUAUGAUGGUAUCUAGUAAUCACUAUAGUAUGAUGAUAUCUAGUAAUCACUAUAGUGUGAUGGUAUCUAGUAAUCACUAUAGUAUGAUGGUAUCUAGUAAUCACUAUGGUGUGAUGGUAUCUAGUAAUCACUAUAGUAUGAUGGAAUCUAGUAAUCACUAUAGUGUGAUGGUAUCUAGUAAUCACUAUAGUAUGAUGGUAUCUAGUAAUCACUAUGGUGUGAUGGUAUCUAGUAAUCACUAUAGUGUGAUGGAAUCUAGUAAUCACUAUAGUGCGAUGGUAUCUAGUAAUCACUAUAGUAUGAUGGUAUAUAGUAAUCACUAUGGUGUGAUGGUAUCUAGUAAUCACUAUGGUGUGAUGGUAUCUAGUAAUCACUAUAGUGUGAUGGAAUCUAGUAAUCACUAUAGUGUGAUGGUAUCUAGUAAUCACUAUAGUGUGAUGAUAUUAUCAUUUGAGAUGAAAAAUCCAAAGGAAGAUGGUUCAGGUUGUAUUUUUUUAAACACUGUUUCACGAUCAAUUUUGUUGUUAAUACAGUAUUGUUCAGUGUGA